UGGUGGUGGAUCAGGGUUGGCAGGGCCAAAUGCUGCCUCAGAGAGAAAACUUUAUGUGGGAAAUCUCCAUUUCAACAUGACAGAGUUACAGCUUAGACAGAUUUUUGAAGCUUUUGGGCCAGUGGAGCUUGUGCAAUUACCUACAGAUCCUGAAACAGGGCAUUGUAAGGGUUUUGGAUUUGUCCAAUUUGCUCAACUCGAACAUGCAAAGGCAGCUCAAAGCUUGAAUGGCAAGCUUGAAAUUGCGGGUCGCACCAUCAAGGUUUCAUCCGUUACUGAACAUGUCGGAGUACAAGAUGCUGGAGCUAAAACUGCAGAUUUUGAUGAUGAUGAAGGAGGUGGCUUGGUGAGUUUGCUCUUAAAUCAUUAUAUUGGAGGACUUUGCAUGCCAUUUUUCCCCUUAAGUAGGUUAGAUACUUCGGAAAUUAUGAGUAUGAUAGUGGUGGUAAAAGGUCGAUCCAUGUGUUCUCAUUUGAUAGGCUAUCUGUUAGACAUAACCAGAGAAAAGUGAUGUUCUAGUUUACUG